ACGUAUUCAACCUUGUUAGGGCACAUUCGCAUUCACUACGGAGACUGGAUAUUGCACGCUCGUGUACCCACUCAGCCUGACGUACCAUGAGCAAGGAACACGGGCAGUCCCUGUGGUACGCGACGGCUCUCUGGUUGACGACGGUCGUCGUGACCGCGGCUGCGACGUACACCGUCACGAAGCGUCGCGAAGAUGCCAAGCAAACAGCGAUUGUUUACCGCCAGUACCAGCGUGACAAGAUGCUCAAAGAAAAGACUGCCGAAGCCCGGAAGAAGAGCUACGAACCUCCUUCCGGUAGUCUCCUGGACGACCUUACGCUCGACAAGAUUUAUCUGUGGGAAUGCGAAGAUUUGCGCAAAAAGUUCCCUUCCGCCAUGACGGAAAACACCAUGAAGUGUAAGGCGACUCCGGCUCCGUUGAUUCGCUCGCCGACUCUCCGACGAUCUUACACGGCCGAAUUAGACGAGAGUGACUUCGAAACCGCCGAAAAAAUCACACGCUACAACAAGCUCAUUACGGACCACGAAUGCAUCCUCGCCGACAUUGUGCGCAAGCCCAACAUGCACACGCACACGGUCAGUUAUAUGCGGGCGGGUCCGCGUCGCCAUUUGCAUUUCGAUCCCCAAUCCGUCAAUGCCGCCAUUGUUACUUGUGGAGGACUCUGUCCGGGUCUCAAUAACGUCAUUCGCGAAAUCACCAAGACCCUGCAUCAGAUUUACGGCAUCGAGGGAACCGUGUACGGUAUCCAGGGAGGAUUCCGCGGCUUUUACGACCCGGCCCCGCACUUGCAACCCGUCAUUCUCACUCCGGAACUCGUGGAGAAUAUUCAUCACGAGGGCGGCACGGUUUUGGGAAGCUCGCGCGGUGGAUUCGAUAUCGAAAAGAUUCGCAACUUCAUUCACAAACACAAGAUUAACAACCUCUACGUGAUUGGAGGAGACGGAACGCACCGAGGGGCCUUUCGUAUCCACGAGGACUGCAUGGAACACGGCAUGAAUGUGGCCGUCGCGGGUAUCCCCAAAACCAUCGACAACGACGUCGAUUAUAUUGAUCACUCGUUCGGAUUUAACUCCGCCGUCGAAGCCGCACAGUACGCCAUUCGCUCCGCCAAGACCGAAGCCGUCUGCAAUCUACCCAACGGGAUAGGCAUCGUCAAACUCAUGGGGCGCUCCGCGGGAUUCAUUGCCGCACACGCCACAAUGGCCAGUUCCGACGUUGAUCUAUGUCUGGUACCGGAAGUCCCGACCGUGCUGGAAGGCCCCAACGGUUGCCUACCGCAUUUGAUGCGCCGCGUCAAGCAACAAGGUUACGCCGUCGUGGUCGUCGCCGAAGGUGCUGGCGAAGAAGUCUUGGGAAUUUCUGCGGAAGCUGACGCGAGCGGCAACAAGAAGCUGCCGGCAAUCGGAGAAUUCAUGAAACAAGCCGUAACCGAUUUCUUUGCCAAACACGGUGACGUGGCAACGGUGAAGUAUAUUGACCCUUCCUACACAGUACGUUCCGUCCCCGCCAACGCAGCCGACUCCUUAUACUGUAUGCAGUUGGCACAAAACGCCGUCCAUGGCGCCAUGGCGGGCUUUACCGGCUUUUCAGUUGGAUUGUGCAACAAUCGCAUGGUGUGGCUUCCGAUUCCUGAACUCGUAGCCACCAGUCCUAGGUCGAUGAAUCCAAGAGGGCGAACCUGGGAAAGAGUACUGGCGUUGACGCGACAACCCAAUACCGUUCAGCCACUGAAAAAAGGUGAAAAGGACAAGUAUGACUCGCAUUCGCCAAUGCUCCGCUGAAUGGAAGUUCCAACCCCCAGGCGCUCGAAAGGAUUUGAUUGGUAUAGUAAUUUACAGAACAAUUAUGUUACAGAAU